AUGCCACCGCAGCCAUGCCAAAUCUGCAAGACGGCGAGAGCCCAGAUUCUACGUCCGAAGAAUCACGCCAGGAUCUGUGCACCGUGCUUCAUCGCACUCUUCGAGAGCGAAGUGGCCGAGACGAUCAUUUCUGCCAAACUAUUCGAGCCUGGUGAACGAGUGGCAAUCGGAGCUUCCGGUGGCAAGGAUAGCACCGUCCUCGCUUCUGUGCUCAAGACACUCAACGACCGCCACGGCUGGGGCUUGGAUCUGGUUCUGCUUUCGGUAGACGAAGGCAUCACGGGUUACCGAGAUCACAGCCUCGAGGCGGUCAAGAGACACAGCGCGCAGUAUGAGCUCCCCCUGAAGAUUGUGAGCUAUGCGGAGUUGUACGGCUGGUCCAUGGAUCAGGUCGUCGCGCAGGUCGGGAAGAAAGGCAAUUGCACCUACUGUGGCGUCUUCAGACGGCAGGCGCUGGAUCGCGGCGCUGCCAUGCUGGGCGUGGCGCAUGUUGUGACCGGUCACAAUGCAGACGAUGUGGCAGAGACCGUGCUUAUGAAUCUCCUCAGAGGUGAUUUCCCCCGACUGAGUAGGGCAACGAGCAUCAUCACGAGCACGCCUUCUGCCAAAAGUGUAACCUCCCCAGAUGGCAAGGUUGGCAUCACAAAUGUGAAGCGAUCGAAGCCACUGGUGUACGCUUAUGAAAAGGAGAUUGUACUUUACGCACAUCACAAGAAACUGGAUUACUUCAGUACCGAAUGUCUUUACAGUCCAGAGGCGUUUCGUGGGUCCGCACGAACGCUCAUAAAGAACCURGAGCGCAUCCGGCCAGAGAGCAUUCUUGAUGUCGUUCGAUCAGGAAUUGACAUGGCGAAGCUCGUCCCGGAUGCGGACGGUAAUUGCAGAGGUGGGUGUAGCAGUAGCGAAGCGAAAGGUGCCGAGGACGAAGCCGCUGGAGGUUGCGGCAAUGCCAAUGGGAAGUCCAGUGGCGGUGAGAUGGCAGAAAUGGAAAAGAAGCUCCGCCAGGACGAAAUCGCCGCCGUAAAUGGUAAUGAGACCGAGAUCAAGAUGCCCGCAAAGUCUGGCAAAACUUACGACAGAGACACUCAAGAAAUUUCGAUUCGGCCGAAGAAAGAGAAGCAGCAUAGUCAUCAGCCGGUUCGUAAUACUGGGAAGCCCAAGCAGAAACUUGGACAGUGCGAGCGUUGUGGCUACUUGUCUUCUCAGGCUGUUUGCAAGGCUUGCAUGCUAUUAGAAGGUCUCAACAAAGCGCGUCCUCGGACUGAGAUUGAAGUCUCUGAGGGUGGCGGAUCAGGAUGA